AUGACAUCUCAACAAAAAAUUUUAUCUUCUGAUCGUAUUCUUAGCAUACCUAGAGUCGACAUUGAUGAUCUCGAAUGUUCUAUUUGUCGUGGAUUACUUUGGAAACCAGUUGCCUGUCAAUCAUGUGAAACACCUUUCUGUUCCUCAUGUAUUCAUCAAUGGUUAGUCGAUCAUCCAAAACAUUGUCCAAAUCGGUGUGAAACAUACAUUGAACGAAAAUGUCCUCCAUUUGUUGCUAAACUACUUGCUCAAUUAAAUAUGCAUUGUUUCUACCGAUCUUAUGGCUGUAAUCAAGUUACUUCAUAUGAAGGAUUAGAUAAACAUGAGAUUGAAUGUGGUUUUCAGCCUCGCCAGUGUCCUGGUUGUAAAUCACAAAUAUUGAAAAAAGAUUUUGAUAACCAUACGAGCACUUGUCCAUCAAUUGAAUUAACUUGUCAAAAUUGCAAGCUCGUAUUCAAAAGAGCUGAUCUUAAUCAAAAACAUACAGAAAUUAUCUGCUUAAAAGAACAAAUUCGACAACUUCAAUAUGAAUCGAAAGAAUAUAAACGUGAGAUACACGAACUCAAUCUUCAAUUAGAUGAAAUGCGCAUAAUGAAUCCAAGCAUAACAGAAACCAAAAUUACAUUUAAUGAUUUACAAGGUACAGCCGACAAUUGUUAUCGUAUUCCAGCUCAAUAUCGAGGAUUAGAAUGGACUGGUAUGAAUUACAUUCAUAAAUCGUUUGCAAUCAAAAAUCAUCCAACAAGUGGAUAUGCAACAUCCUUCAUGCCCAAUGGUAGUUCGUACAUAGCAUAUUUCAGGGGUGAGGCAUCAGUGAGUGUCAAAAAUCCGGAUGAAAUAUUUACUCUUUUUUCUGUCACUGCAUGUGCUGCUUGGAACGAUAAUCUACAACUAAUCAUUACAGGUUAUCGAGAUGUCUUAGAGAUCAAGAAACAUACAGUGACACUUCUCUUUGGUAAACCACAAUUUAUUCUCCUUCAUUGGGAAGACAUAGACAAGGUCACUUUUGUAUCAUCUGGUGGUACUGCUCAUCCUGGUAGCGGCAGUGCGACAGGACCUCAAGUUAUAUUAACUCAAAUAACCAUGGAUUCACUCGAAUAA